AUGUGGAAACCGAUCACGGGCGACACAUCAGCUCCUUGCCCGUCCGUUACUUGCCACCUGGCAACAUCAAGAUGCUCUGGCUUCAAUUCGGCGGCCCUCAAUCCGGAGUUUCGUACAACCAUUUCUGGCACCGUUUUCGGAACUGCUGGGCAAACGUGCUACGCUUCUCCCCCGAGUCCAGUCAUGCGGGCUGCAGUGACUGCUUGGGGUUCAAAGAAGCGCUUUCAGGCUCUUUUGACCUCCAAAGCAGGUUCGAGAUCGCCAAAAUGUACCGGGAGCACUUGA